AUGACUUCAAAGCAAGUCAAGCUUCUGCAAACCAGUUAUGACAAUGAUCAAACAUCCUCCGAUGAUGAUGAGUUUGAAAAUCCAUUCAAAAUUCCAACUGAUGAACAAAUAUUUGAAAGAAGAGAAAAAGAAACAACAAAAGGUGCAAACUCCAGUUUGGUUCACCGAUCUCCCCGAAAGCAUAAAUUCAGCAGCCGAAGAGACCGAGCUCUGCUUCCCAACAUCAACGACAAAAAAUCAAAAAGCGCUCCUUCAGGCGACACGUCACUUGAUGCAUCGUUUAAAAAGAAGGAAAAUGUUGGAGAUUUUAUUGAGAAGAAAAAGCAAAUGUUUUUGUUGCAGAUGAGCAUUGACACGAAGAAAUUCGAAGUUAAGAAGCUUGAAAAAAAAGCUCAAAAAAGAGAACAAAAGUUGUUUCAAAUGGAGCAAGAAUUAAAGCAGCAGACACAGGCAUUUGAUGAUUUUUUGGCUUUGAACGACAUUCGAGCAGUGGAGGCCAUUAAAAAAGCAGAAGAGGAAACAAAAGCAAAGCAAGCCAAACAAAAUGAAAUUAAGAAACUGAACGCAAGAGCUGCUGCCAUCAACACUGAAAUAGCGAAGCUAGACGAACAAUUAGAGAACUGCAGAAGAUAUAAAGAAUUUUUAGAUUCUCUUACACCUAAGGAGGAACUAACGAAAAUGAAUCAAAAGAAAUAUGGAAAGAAAAACAAGAACCAAGGAAAUUCCAAGACGUCCUCGAAAAAUACGAUUAAUGAUGAAGAAAAACCUGAAACUAAAAUGACUCAAAUAGCUUCCAUUGAUGGAGGAGAGGACGACGAUGAGGAAGAUGACGACGAGGCCAUUGAAAUGUAUUUUAAAAAACCAGAACAAUUGUUAAAUAUUUAUUCAGAGUUAGAAGAAAGCAACUUAAUACUAAUACAAAGCACUGAAGACAUUCAAGAGCAGUUGGAGGAAGUUCAAAAGGUAUAUAAGGAAACAAAGAAGAAAAUGAGUGCAGAGGCAGAAAACCUUCAACUCCAAAUUGAUGGCCUUAAUGAGCAAAUAGAGAUGGAGCAGGAGCGGUUAAAAACCAUUUCAGAACGACACUCUGCAAACAACGACCAGGACGGAGAAGAGAAACUUAAAACGUUGUCAGAUAAAAUUAGAGAAAUUUAUUUGGACUCUGCGAUAGAGCUGGAAAACGAUGAGAAUGCUGAUUUAGUUGAAAAUCUUGACCCUCUAUUUAUGCUCUCCAAGAUUGAAACAAAACUUGAAAGCUUGCUCACUUAUUUGGAUGAUUAUGACAGCGACUUUAUUUCGAAAUAUGAAAAGCAGCGAGAAAAAGAACGAAGAAAACAGCAAAGAGAGGAAGGCAACAAGCAAAAAAGUCAAAAGGAAAAGAAAAACAAAUCAAUUUUGCAAUCAAAUAUUGCAAAGAAAAGAAAUGGAAAACCACUGGUUUUCCGAUCUGCGCCUCCUAAUACUACCGCCAAAAAAGCAAAGAGUGAGGAAACAAAGGAAGAUGAAGAACGGGACGAAUUUAAGGAGCUGUUCUUGCUCAACUGA